AUGGUUUAUAUUUUAGGUGUGCCUAUCAAAGAUGAGCGGCCUGUAAAGUAUGCUCUGUUAGGUUUCUACGGAAUUGGAAGAGCCGUUGCAGACAACAUUUGUGCCAAGCUUUCGUUUCACGAUACUUUGAAAGUGAAAGAGCUUACGGAUGGUCAACUGACUGGUCUCUCACAAUUGCUAUCCAAUAUGACCAUUGAAGGAGACUUGAAGCGACAAAGAGAUGCUAAUAUUUCUCGAUUCUAUACUAUUCGCUCUUAUCGAGGUUUGCGACAUGCUGCUGGAUUGCCGGUGCAUGGUCAAAAUACAAGGACGAACGCAAAAACCGCAAAGAAGCUAAACCGCCUUCAAAGACGAACUUACAGCACUAGUCCUGUAGGAACUUUGGGUUGGAGUCGUGUACUGCCAACUGCUGUUUCAAUUCUUCAGAAAAUUAAACAUAUUCAUUAG